AUGGCAGACAAGACAUCAACUAGUUUAUUGAGAGGAGGACAGGGCCAGCUACAGAUGGACCAACGGCUCUUGGAAGCAGCCACAUCCGGCAAUUCCACAUCAAUGAAGGAGAUGGCCUCGCGAAAUCCAUGCAUUCUUGGAACAACUCUAGCUAGGAACACCUGUCUUCAUAUAUCCUCCACCCACGGGCACCAGAUAUUUUGCACGGAAGUGGUGGCGCUGGAGGAGUCUCUCCUCACUGCAGUAAACUUGGAUCGGGAGACGCCACUUCUCGCCGCGGUGAAAAGUGGUUUUGCCAUCUUGGCUUCCGUUCUACUCCAAUGCUACCGUGCACGGGGCCUCAUAAAGGCAAUCUUGUGGCAAGACAUUGAUGGCUGCAAUGUACUGCACCACGCAAUACGCAGUGGCCACAGGGAGCUUGCGCUGAAGCUGAUAGAGGCAGCGCCCGCUCUGUCGACACAUGUGAACAUAUUUAACGAGUCACCCAUGUACAUCGCAGCGAUGAGAGACUUCACUGAUAUUUCAGAGAAAUUACUGGAAAUUCCUGACUCUGCUUAUAUGGGACCAUUCGGCAAUAACACUCUGCUGGCUGCUGUGAGAAAUGCAAACUCAGGUUUGGCAAAAAGAAUUAUGGAAACACGUCCUUGGCUGGCCCGAGAAACUAACAAAACGGGAGCUACUCCACUAAGUGUAGCUUUAUAUCUUCACCAGAUUGGCGUGGUACGCGUAUUGCUGGAACAUGAUUGCUCUUUAGGGUAUAAGGUGCCAAGUAACGGCGCACCUUUCCUUAGUCAAGCUGCAGCUGGAGGACAUAUCGAUGUUGCUCAAGUGCUUCUUCACCACUGUCCUGAUACUCCUUACCGUUCAACAAAAGAUCCGUAUUGGACGUGCCUUCAUACAGCUAUAGACCAAGAUCACGUGGAGUUUGUGGAAUUCAUUUUGAGAACCCCACAACUUCGUAAACUCAUUAAUAUGCGAGACGUGUAUGGAAAAACUGCUCUACAUUAUGCAGUACAGAGCUGCAAUCCAAAAAUGGUUGCUGCUUUGCUGUCUCACGAAGAUAUAGACAUAUCG